AUGCCAAACCCUUGCAAAUCCAAGACGCAUUUACAAUUUGCUGCUGAUAAAAAAGCAGGAUUGAUGACAUUUGAUGACGAGUAUGAACUCCACAAAAUCAAAGAAGUAUACCCAGAUGCGGAAUUGGUUAUACGAAUUAAAGCUGACGAUCCCAGCGCAUUGGUUAAUUUCGGAAUAAAAUUCGGAUGUGAUGUUAAACAUGCAAGACAUCUUUUGCAAGUAGCGAAACAGCUCAGUCUCAACGUUGUUGGCGUGAGUUUUCAUGUUGGUUGUUUAUGCCGAGAUGCUACAGCCUACGCAACAGCUAUUGGUUUAUCACGACUGGUAUUCAACUAUGCUGCCGAUAUUGGAUUCAACUUUACCCUGCUCGAUAUUGGGGGAGGGUAUCCAGGUGAUGGAAAAAAGCCUAUUACGAUUCAAUGUAUAGCAGAGCAAAUCAAUCAAGCACUAAGUGAACACUUUCCAGAUGGAUGUGGAGUUACAGUUAUCAGUGAACCAGGUCGUUAUUUUGCAUGGAGUACCUGUACUUUAUGUGUGAAU